UCUUCUUCUCUUCCUAACUUUCUCCCCUCUCUCGGGUUCUCACCGCUGCAGGUCUCAGAUCUCCUCGACCUGCCACCACCCGCGAGCUCCCCACACAACACUGCCUCCCCCUCGCUCCCUCCCCAGAUCUCCACACUCCAGAUCUCUGCUCCCGACCCCGCCCGCCUCUCGCCCGCGACGACCCCGCCGCGUCACGCGGCGGCCGCGGCGAGAUGCUCCGCCUCCGGGCGUUCCGGCCGACGAGCGACAAGGUCGUGAAGAUCCAGCUCCACCCCACCCACCCCUGGCUCGUCACCGCCGACGCCAACGACCGCGUCUCCGUCUGGGACUGGGAGCACCGCCAGGUGAUCUAUGAACUGAAGGCGGGUGGCGUCGACGAGCGGCGCUUGGUUGGGGCGAAGCUUGAGAAGCUCGCCGAGGGAGACGAUUCAAAAGGGAAGCCCACUGAGGCCAUCCGAGGGGGAAGUGUAAAGCAGGUUUCCUUUUAUGAUGACGAUGUUCGCUUUUGGCAACAUUGGCGCAAUUGCUCCGCUGCUGCUGAGGCCCCAACUGCAGUCAGUCAGCAAUCUUCCACAAUCAGUGCACCGGCACCAUCAACACGAGGAAGGCACUUUGUUGUCAUUUGCUGUGAGAACAAAGUCAUAUUUUUAGAUUUGGUGACUAUGCGGGGCCGUGACGUUCCUAAACAGGAGCUUGACAACAGAUCACUUCUAUGUAUGGAGUUCCUCUCUAGGUCAUCUUCUAGUGAUGCCCCUCUCGUUGCCUUUGGGUCAUCUGAUGGCGUAAUCAGAGUUCUUUCAAUGUUAACAUGGAAGCUUGUGCGAAGGUAUACAGGUGGACACAAAGGAGCAAUAGCUUGCUUGAUGACAUACAUGUCUGCAGCUGGUGAGGUACAUUUAGUUUCUGGUGGCAGUGCCGGCCUGUUGAUAUUGUGGAGUGCUGAUCAUAUACAUGACUCGCGUGAGCUUGUACCCAAGAUUAGUAUGAAGGCCCAUGAUGGAGGUGUAGUUGCAGUUGAGCUUUCAAGGGUGAUGGGGAGUGCUCCACAGCUCAUUACAAUAGGGGCUGACAAAACUUUAGCCAUAUGGGAUACUGUUACUUUCAAGGAAAUCAGGCGUAUUAAACCAGUACCUAAACUUGCUUGUCAUAGCGUUGCAUCGUGGUGUCAUCCCCGUGCACCAAACCUUGAUAUUCUAACUUGUGUCAAGGACUCUCAUAUUUGGGCCAUAGAACACCCAACUUAUUCUGCUUUAACAAGACCACUCUGCGAAUUGUCAUCACUAGUUCCUCCCCAGGUCCUUGCACAGCAUAAGAAACUGAGGGUGUAUUGCAUGGUGGCACACCCCUUACAGCCACAUCUUGUUGCUACUGGAACUAAUAUUGGUAUCAUAUUAAGCGAGUUUGAUCCAAGAGCACUUCCAGCUAUUGCUCCUUUACCGACACCUACAGGAAACAAGGAACAUUCUGCUGUUUACAUAGUUGAAAGAGAACUUAAGCUACUGAAUUUCCAAUUGUCAAACACAGCAAAUCCAUCCCUUGGUAAUGCUGGUGUUGCAUCUGAUACAGGAAGAUUAAGGAAUGAAUCAAUAGAACAGUUGGUUGUAAAGCAGACCAAGAAGCAUAUCAGCACUCCUGCUCCCCACGAUUCUUAUUCGGUCCUUUCAGUUAGCAGUUCUGGAAAGUAUGUUGCAAUUGUAUGGCCAGAUAUUCCUUCUUUUGCUGUAUACAAAGCAAGUGAUUGGUCAGUUGUUGAUUCAGGCACAGGGAAGCUUUUUGCCUGGGAUACCUGUCGAGACAGAUAUGCUUUAGUGGAGACUGCAUUGGCUCCAAGAAUGCCACUAAUUGUGAAAGGCGGUUCUUCUAAAAAGGCAAAAGAAGCAGCAGCUGCUGCAGCUCAAGCAGCAGCAGCUGCAGCUAGUGCAGCUUCUGCUGCAACAGUACAAGUGCGCAUCUUAUUAGAUGACGGAACAGCACAUGUUUUGCAGAGAUCGAUUGAUGGUCGUAGUGAGCCGGUUAUUGGAUUGCAUGGUGGUGCUUUGCUUGGUGUCACAUACCGUACUUCUCGUAGAAUCAGUCCGUUGACAGCAACAGCUAUAUCGACUGUUCAAUCGAUGCCCCUAUCAGGUUUUGGUGGAAGUGGAUCAUCUUUUGCUUCUGAUGAUCCAUUUUCUUCUAAAGAAGGGCCUCCACAAAAUUUCCAGCUAUACAGCUGGGAGACCUAUCAGCCUGUAAGCGGCUUACUUGCACAACCUGAGUGGACCGUGUGGGACCAAACUGUUGAGUACUGUGCAUUCGCUUAUCAGCAGUACAUUGUAAUUUCUUCCUUGCGACCCCAAUUUAGGUACCUUGGAGAUGUUUCAAUUCCCUUUGCAACUGGUGCCGUUUGGCAUCGAAGACAGUUAUUUGUGGCAACACCAACAACGAUCGAGUGUGUCUUUGUUGAUGCUGGAGUGGCAGCUAUUGACAUUGAAACAAAAAAGAGAAAAGAAGAAAUGAAAGCAAGAGAAGCUCAGGGCAGGGCAGUUGCAGAGCAUGGAGAUUUGGCUCUUAUCACAGUUGAAGCUCCCCAGGUUACUGCUAGUGAAAAAAUAUCAUUAAGACCACCAAUGUUGCAGGUUGUUCGUUUAGCCUCCUUUCAGCAUGCUCCAUCAAUACCACCGUUUAUAGUACCAAAGCAAUCCAAAUUGGAUGGAGAUGAUUCAGUUUUUCAGAAAGAACUGGAUGACAGAAGAUAUGCUGAAGUUGCUGUUGCUGGAGGAGGGGUGUCUGUUGCAGUAACUCGCUUCCCUCCUGAGCAGAAGAGACCUAUUGGACCUCUUGUUGUGGUUGGUGUAAGAGAUGGAGUUCUCUGGCUUGUUGACAGGUAUAUGUGUGCACAUGCCUUGUCACUCAGCCAUCCUGGUAUAAGAUGUCGUUGCCUUGCAGCAUAUGGGGAUCCUGUUAGUGCUGUGAAAUGGGCAACAAGACUUGGCCGAGAGCAUCACGAUGACCUGGCUCAGUUUAUGCUGGGUAUGGGCUAUGCCACUGAAGCUCUUCAUUUGCCUGGAAUAUCUAAGAGGUUGGAGUUUGACCUUGCAAUGCAGAGCAAUGACCUGAAAAGAGCACUUGCUUGUUUAUUGACAAUGAGCAACAGCCGAGAUGUGGGACAAGAAACAGCUGCCGCUGAUGCCACUGAUGUUACACAGAUUCUUAACUUGGCGGUAGCUAAGCAAGCUAAGCAAGAAAGUCUUUCAGAUGCCGUGCAGGGAAUAGUGAAAUUUGUCAAGGAAUUUUUUGACCUUAUUGAUGCAGCAGAUGCCACUGGGCAAGCUGACAUUGCUCGCGAAGUUCUUAAGAGAUUAGCAGCUGCAGCUUCUGUAAAAGGUGCUCUGCAUGGACAGAUGCUGCGAGGCCUGGCACUCCGUCUUGCAAACCAUGGGGAGCUUACUAGAUUGUCGGGUUUGGUAACCAAUCUGAUCGCAGCUGGCCAUGGACGUGAAGCAGCAUUUGCUGCUGCAGUUCUGGGAGAUAAUGCCCUAAUGGAGAAAGCAUGGGAGGACACAGGAAUGUUGGCUGAGGCUGUUUUACAUGCUCAAGCCCAUGGUCGUCCAUCAUUAAGGAACUUGGUUAUAGCAUGGAACAAGAUGCUACAGAAGGAGCUGGAUCACACACCAACAGUUAAAACUGAUGCGGCUGCAGCUUUCUUGGCUUCUCUUGAGGAUCCAAAACUCACCAGCUUGGGAGAAACUGAGAAAAAGCCUCCCAUUGAAAUACUUCCUCCUGGGAUGCCUCCCUUAUCAGCACCUCCGAUUGUGAUUAAAAAGUCUGGCACAAAACCUGGCCUACCUAAUGCAGCACAGGCCUCAAAUGGGCCUAUAGGUGCUCCAAUGGUUCAGGGUGCCACCGCGCCUCAAGGCACCCAAAUGGUUCAGGGCGCUCCCAUCGCUCAAGGUGCUCCUGGGGCUCAAGGAGUUCCCAUGAAUCAAAGUGCUGCUCCUCCAUCGCAGGGAACUGAUGAGGCAAAGCCAUCGGAAGCUACAGCAUCCGAUGCAGCUACCCCAGCUGCAGAAGUUGCAGCAGCUCCCAGCAGUGAGGAAGCUAAAGCCACACCUGGCAGUGAGGAAGCUACCGCAGCUCCAGGCACCGAGGAAGCCGCAGCAGCUCCAGUUACAGAUGCAGCAAGCAACACUGAUCCUGCUGCUGCUCCAGCUCCUGCAGCGGACAUCAAUAGUGCUGGUGCAUCUGGCGUUACACCCGUUGAAGCUGCAACCUCUGCCCCUUCAACCGAGACACCCGAGGCAACGGAUAAGCCAUCGUCAACAGAGGCAUCCCCGGCACCUCCACCUCCACCCCCAACUUAUGAAUCUGUUGUAUAAAAUAUUUUGUUGUCGAGUCUUCUAGCAGUGUGCCAAUUUUUUGUAUGCCGGUGCAUCCAUUCCACUGUAAGUUUUUCCCAUAUACUGGUAUAGGUAUUUGUUGUCCAUGUUAUUCUUAUCUCAGUAGACGUCAGGCAGUAUGUGAGUAGGCCUUGUACAUCUGCUGCCUGCGUCUCACGAGAACUUUACCACCAUCGUGUGAGCAUAGCUGAUGUUGUUUGACCAGCUGACAGGACCACAGAUCAAGUUUUGCUUGAUGAGUUGAUUCUUCCUGCCCGACUGAUU